GAAAUAUGUUAUGUUUGUUCCAUUUCAUUUUUGAGAAUUGGCUUUCCUUUGGUAUCUUGAUCAAGCUACAGUCAAAAUAUUGCUCUAAUGUCGCGCAACAAUCCGAAGCAAACAUGGCAACAAAAAUUGCUAGAGCUCCAAAAGUGCUUAGUAGUCGGAUAUAUAGAGCUAAAGUAGCUGAAGCAAUUAAAGCAUUGAAAAAUGCACUACCAUACGCUGAAACGGGUAAUCAGGCAUCUAUUCUUGAUAAUGUCAUCGAUUAUAUUAAGUUUCUGAAACUUCGGCUAAAUGUAUUGAGCCAAACCAGAUUGACCGGUGAACCCUCAGCUCAUUCCUUCGUUUAUAUUGAGGGCUUCGGUCACUACUUACUCCAUCCUCAGACAUACCAUCAGGCACUUGAGGAAAUGGUUGGGAAUCUUCUGAAGUCAAACCCACAGGUGGCCAAUGAGCUGCUUGAAUACAAGGGCCUAGCCAUUGCGCCUAUGGAUUUUGCAUACAUUGUUCCUCAAAAUAGCUUGAACCCAUGCUCCAGUUUAUGGUAGUAAUGAUCAAUUUUUACUUGACAAUAAUAUUUUCGUAAAUGACAUUUCUUAGCCAUAUAUUAAUAUACCUUACUUUUAGACUACAACAUCACCUGAAACACACUUUUUGUGUUGCCGUAGCAUUCCUCCGGAACUGUAUUGUUUUGACGAGAAAUUUUUCAAAGUGCAACCUUGCCCUUCCUUCUUAUCUGUGCAAUCAUGCUUUCAUGCAC